GACGGUCAGAGGGAGUGAUGGGGGACAGAACAGGAUGGAAGCGCGGACGCUGGGACGUGUGGUGAGGUGAAGUAAGAGAACAACAUUUUGGCCAAGCGUACCAGGGAAAAGCCAUGCCGCUGGUCAAGAGGAACAUCGAGCCCCGGCACCUGUGCCGUGGGGCGCUGCCCGUGGGUGUGGGCAGCGAGCUGGAGUGUGUGAUGAACAACACACUCUCUGCCAUCAUCCGCCAGCUCAGCAGCCUCAGUAAGCAUGCCGAGGAUAUUUUCUGUGAGCUUUUCAACGAGGCGAACACGUUCUACCUGCGGGCGAACUCGCUCCAGGACCGAAUCGAUCGGCUCGCCGUCAAGGUCACUCAGCUGGACUCCACUGUGGAAGAGGUAUCUCUACAAGACAUUAACAUGAGGAAGGCAUUUAAAAGCUCGACUGUACAGGACCAGAAGGUGGUGUCCAAGAACAGCAUUCCCAUCCCCGUACAAGAGAUGCACGCCCUGAGUGACCCACCUCCACCCCUCAACAUCCUUAGUCCAUACAGGGACGAUAACAAACAAGGGCUCAAGUUUUACACCGACCCCUCCUACUUCUUUGACCUGUGGAAGGAGAAGAUGCUGCAGGACACAGAGGACAAGAGAAAAGAAAAGAGGCGACAGAAGGAACAGAGGCGCUGUGUGGACGGGACGCUGCAGAGGGAGGUGAAGAAGGUCAGGAAGGCUCGUAAUCGGCGACAGGAGUGGAACAUGAUGGCGUUCGAUAAGGAACUGAGACCCGACCUGCGGCACACGCUGCACAGAGGAGGGACGUCCGAGGGCUCCAUGUCCCCAGAAAACAGGGCCCAUGGCCAAGACAGCAUGGACCACGGCUACCUGAGCAUGUCCAACCACGCCCACACGUACUCCGGCCCUCCGCCCGGCAUGGCAGCCGUGACAGCUCACGCUCAGAUGGGAAUAGAGCAGGACUACAGGUUAGGCUCUAUGGCCUACCGCUCCGGGUCACUGAGCCGUCCACACCAGGCUCCGCCCCCUCCUCCGCCCGCGGACACCAUGAACGGCUCCAUGCACCUCCCAUCAGCCGACUACAGUAUGGAUUACAUAAAUUCACCACUCCCUCCACCACCAGCUCCUCAUAUCCCAACCCAAACGCUUUUCCCCAUGCCGCCCAUGGGCUCCGUGCUACCACCAGGCCAUCCGGGACCGGCCGGUACAGGCCAAGCCUACGUUCUUCCCGGUUCACCCGCAUCUGGAGCAAUGGCCGCCCCUCCUCCGCCUGGACCGCCGCCACCUCCACCCAGCACCACCCAAUCCGUCACACCCAAACGCCCAUCUGUGCCUAAUGAAGACCCACCUAUCAGUGAUGCCCGCAGUGACCUACUGGCAGCCAUACGUAUGGGCAUUCAGCUGAAGAAGGUGCAGGAGCAGCAGGAACAGCAGGCGAAGCGAGAACCGGUGGGUAACGACGUGGCCACCAUCCUGUCCCGUCGUAUUGCUGUGGAGUACAGCGACUCCGACGACUCCGAGCUCGAGGAUAACGACUGGUCCGACUAGAAACCACGUUAAACACACAGACGCUCGGACUCGCUCUAUUCGUUUAACGGUGCAGUGUCUACUGAACCUGCACAUUCAGUACCAGUCAUGAUACGUCACGCCUGAUUGAAUAGGUAUCAUAAUGUUAAAUAUAGGUGCACCUAGAGCGGUUAUUCUCAGCCUUUUGUAGACCUGGUGCAUUAUUGCUAUGAAUGACUAUUUUACUGAUUAGGAACGUCAGCGUAUAAUCGAUAACUAACCAAACAGUCAUUGUUCAGCAAUUCCAUCAGCUGACAUGAUUUGAACUAACAGCAGAGCCACAGAGCUCACACACAAAUGGUAUCAGAACCCAAACACUACUGAUCCUCCCUAGUUCAGGUAAAAAGAAGCAGUCUGAACUCUAUGAAUAUUGUUUGAACAACAGACUGAAAGACACUGAAACACCACAGACACAAUUGAGUUCCUGCAUCAUGCUGUAGUUCCAGGAAUCAUUUGAGUUCUCUUGGGGAAAUAAAACCCUGUUACCCAGCAUGUCUCGAAAAAGCUAUACAAGCCGACUUAGAUAAUCCCAUGUCACUAAAACACGGACGAGUAUUUUCAUUUUUGAUACGCUGUGCUGUGUAUUGUAGAUUCCUUUUAUUCUAUCAAUCAGUUUAUGAGUGUAAUUUAAUGAUUUCUUUAAAACCCUAAUUCUGAGUUUGUGUCUAAACCCAUGACUGGUACUGUAUGUGUUUAGGUUAAUGAAUAAACCCUGAGUAAACUCCCUGCUGAGCAGCUAAACUAGCUAUAUUACAUGCAGAAGAAAUUUGACUGACAGUAGCUAAUCGCUACCUCUUUUCUAAUGAUUUCUGACUAAACGACUGUGAAUAGAUAAUAGGUAAUCACACUACACAGCCUCUGACUAUAGAUAAGCAUGAAGAGGCAGGGAGUGGAUGCCACGUGCUGCCUGAUCGAUUAAAAAGUCUGAUUUGUAGAGCCCAUCUGUGCAUGAUGAGUUCUGUCUGGAGCACGAGGCCAUGGCGACAGAAGUGUGUAAACUGCGCUCCCGUGACCGAAAUGACUCACAUCAGGGCCGGCAGAGCCCUUGUCAUGGAAACAGGACUUAUGGGAGUCGUGUCUCUAUAGAAACAGCGAAACUGGGAUGCAGAUCGUCAUGGCAACAGCAGAACCAGGUAGCAAGCUGAAGAAAGGAACACGCGCAGGCCGAGCGAUUUUUAAUGCACAGCACAUUCGUUUUAAUACAAAAUUAACAAGAUCUCUCUGAGAACUAACCAAAGCAAUAAAAAGAUACCACUAAUACUUUGGAAAAAUAUACACCAUGUCCACACAAAGUCUUACAACGUUCUUAGUUUAAAUAGUGCAUGUCGAGAGUAAUAUUUUGCAGUUAAGUAUCUUGUGCCAUUUCCCAAAAAAAUAAAGUGCAUUUCACAGUUAAGACUACGCAUACAUACGUCUACACAAGAUGCUGUAACUAUCGCACCCUCUUUCCUCGCGUCGUUCAGGAUACAGUUCGAUGCAAUUACAAUUUCAGCUCAUCACAAGCGUAUGAAGUUUGCCCUUCCAACCUCUUGAGGUAUUCUUCAUCACGGCCAUUCUGAGCACACACUAUACCUCUCUCAAGGAAUAUGGGGAGAGAUAUAGCAGUUAAUAUAGAUAAGUCACAUCUUUUUGCAGUCAGAGUCAAGUUAUCAUAUUGGAAUACAGCGCACAAUCAUUUAUGAUUGGUUACAUUUCUGAGGAAAAAAAGGUACAACUUGUACAGCAGAAACAAUCGCAAAUGUCAUUGUCAGAUCCUUGACAUGAUAAAAUAAAAUUAUUGGUAUUUUAAAUACUUCACACCAGAAAAUUCUCUCUGCAUUUGCCUUUGAGCAUCUCAUUCCUACACAAUAAGUGUUACUAGUACAGAGCAGAACACAAUUUUCCACAAUAUUUUGGAAGGCGACUUCCAGCUGCCGGACUUUACUAACAGUAAGUCAAUAUGUAGUUCCUAGAGUGACCCAAAUGGGUUUUUGUACUUAGCCUUAAAAAACAAAAACAAUUAUUAACAAAAAUGGUUCAAAGACAUGGUGAACCUAAAUAAUAUAUAACUAAAUAACAUUUUUAGGACUCUAAAUAAGGUCAGAGGUUAUGUGUAUCUGUUAACUUGGUAUUAUUAUUUUUCAAUGACCAGCCCUGAAAUAAUGUCUUUUGAGGAACUUUGAGUUGGCAACCCUGGGCAAUAAGGUUUGGCCCACAGUGGGCAUUCGACUUUAUUCCAAGGGUGUUCAGAGAUCAAGGCUCAGGUAAAGUUUUGACACACCAAACCUGAUUUAUCUAUCAUCCACCGUAUUGCCAGAUCUACCGUUGGCUGGAAAGGUAGCUCUCUAUGAUAAUGCAGCAUUAAAGAGUUACCGAGGUCUUCAGUACAGCUAAUUUCACUAUCAAUGUUCUUCUGUAACCUGCAUGUCUGUAUGCUCAGUUUUAAUCUCUUUGAACCAAUAAAUUAGAAGGCUAUCUAUA